UCAUUGCCUCAUUUCUCCACUCCCCAAUUCAUCAUGCCUCUUAGUCACCCUCAGAGCCACAGAAAGGUAGGAGGUGUGGCCAAAGAGGGUGAAAAUCAGUCACCAGAAACUUUGCUGUGCUUCCCCUUUUACUCUCAGAUGCUGCCAGGAUCUCUGAAGAGCGAAGACACCAGGAAACAGGCCCUCGCCUAGACACAACACCAUGCAUCUCCUCAGCCCCUUGCUCCUGCUUCUCGAAUACUUGGCUUUCUCUGACUCACAAGACUGGAAGUUUGAACACCCGGAAACCCUCUACGCCUGGGACGGGGCCUGCAUCUGGAUUCCCUGCCUCUACACAAUCCCAGGGAAUGGAAAGGUCCUGGAUAACCUGACUGUGUAUCAGAAUUAUGAGUGGGACAGCAAGACCAAGAAUUUCAAUGGGACAGUCCUCUAUGAAGAGAAAAAGUUUGGAACAUCUUCCUCUCAGGGAAGGGUACAAUUCCUGGGAGACAACAAAUCCAACUGUACCCUACACAUCAACCCUGUAAAUGCCCAAGACAACGGUCAGCUGGGGCUGAGGGUGACAUCGGGGAAUGACAAAUGGAUGGACAAGAUAGUCCUCAACAUAUCCAAGACAGCUCCUCCACCUCGAAUUCACCUCCCUCUAGAGAUCCGGGAGCUCCAGGAAGUCAUCCUGACCUGCCAACUGGAUUUUGCCUGCCCUGGGUACCAGACCAAAUUGCAGUGGUCCCUGGAGGGGAUGCAACAUAAUCUUUCCUCUGUCCACUCAAUUUCCCUGAGCCCCAAGACUGUCUCUACCUGGAACCAGCUCAAAUUUCAGCCAGAGUGGACCGACCAUGGCAAGAAACUAACCUGUCAGCUCUGGAAAGAUAGUGCAGAUGGGCUUCUCUCUCAGGAAACGGUGCAGCUAGAUGUAAAGCACUCCCCAAAAUUGCAGAUCACAUUCAUUCAUGGAGAAGCCAUUGUGAAAGAGGGGAAUUCUGUGAACAUGACGAGUCCUGGAGAAGCCAUUGUGAAAGAGAGGGAUUCUGUUACCAUGAAGUGCCAGAUCAUCAGCAGUAACCCACAGUACCAGGCUAUGUACUGGCUCAAGGAUGGAAACCCUCUGAGUGAGCACCAGACACUGAACUUGGAGCAGAAGACAGUCAUGCUAAGUCUGCCCUCAGUGACCAAGCAGAUGACUGGAAACUAUCACUGUGAGGCCCAGAAUGAAAUAGGCUCAACAAAAUUAGAAGUUUCCCUCCAAGUGCACUAUGCUCCAGAACCUUCCACAGUUCAGAUCACAGUCUCACCAGCUAAAGAAGGAAGUAAAAUAAGCCUGACUUGUAUAUCACAGGCCUAUCCUCCUCCAAUAAAUUAUACCUGGUAUCACAAUAAGAUUGAAAUAUCGAGAACAGACAAGACCUUCCAGAUCCCAGAGGUCUUCCUUGAGCAUGCUGGAAAUUAUUCCUGCUUGGCAAAAAACAGUGUUGGCACAGGAGAAACUGGCCAAGCAGCUGAGUUGGAUGUCCAGUAUUCCCCCAAAGAGGUAACCAUGGUGAUUCAAAACCCCACACCAAUUCGAGAAGGAGACAGUGUGACCCUGUUUUGCAACUACACUUCCAGUAACCCCAGUGUCAUCAGAUAUGAAUGGAAAUCCCAAGGCUCCUGGAAAGAGAUAAUGCCUGGAGUGCUGAUGAUUCAGAAAGUUCCCUGGAAUGCCAGUCCAUUCUCCUGUGCAGCCUGUAACCAGUGGUGUUCAUGGUCUCCCUCUGUCAACCUGCAUGUCCAGUAUGCCCCCAGAGGUGUCAAGGUCCUGCUGAUUAGCCCUGAUUCUGAGAUUCACUCUGGCCACCAAGUCCUCCUCCGAUGUAACUUCUCAAGUAGUUACCCCACUGAUGUCCUCUUCUUCUGGAAGAAAAAUGGAAUAUUUCUGAAGGAAGGAAGAGAUCUGAGCUUUGACUCCAUCUCUCCAGAAGAUGCUGGAAAUUACAACUGCUUGGUCAACAACUCCAUAGGACAGAGCACAUCUGAAGCCUGGAAGCUCCAAGUGCUGUAUGCACCUAGGAGGCUACAGGUGUCCAUUAGCCCUAAAGACAGUGUGAUGGAGGGAAAAAAGGCAGUCCUGACGUGUGAGAGUGAUGCCAACCCUCCCAUCUCCCAAUACACCUGGUUCGACUGGAAUAACCAAAACCUUCACCAUGAUGAUCAGAUGCUGAGAUUGGAUCCUGUGAAGGUCCAGCACUCAGGCACCUAUUGGUGCCAGGGGGCCAACCGACUGGGCAUGGACCAGUCACCCCCAAGAAUCCUCACUGUCUACUAUAGCCCAGAGACCAUCAGCAAGCAAGUAGCCCUGGGAAUGGGGCUCUUCCUGGCCAUCCUCCUCCUGCCACUCUUGGGAGUCAAGCUUCAUCGAAGCUGGAAGAGGAUUCAGAGCCAACAAGGGCUUCAGGAAAACUCCAGUGCACAGAGCUUCUUUGUGAGGAAUAGAAAGGUUAGAAGAGCCCCGCUCUCCGAAGGCCCCAACUCCCUGGGCUGCUACAACCCAGUGAUGGAAGAUUCCAUCAGCUAUGCUACUCUGCGCUUUCCCAUUGCCGAGACUGACACACCGAGGAUUGGAGAGGCAGGAACUUCUGAGAUGCAGAGAACUUCCUUAAACAGGGACAACACGGUCACUUACUCUGUGGUGCAGAAGCAUCAAGUGGGCGACUAUGAGAAUGUGACUCCAGAUGUUCCAGAAGACGAAGGGAUACAUUACUCAGAGCUGGUUCAUUUGGGAAUUGGUGAGCGGCCUCUGAGUCAAGAAGGAGUGGAAUACGUGACCCUCAAGCACUAAUGGGUCAAACUGCCUGAGGUGGAGGUGCCUAGAGACUGUAGAGGACAGGGUGGUCAUGGCCCAUGCAGCUGACCCCCACUGCUCAGCUGAGAAGUUACACAGCCUCCCCUUACACAGACACAUGAUUAGAGCACUCCCAGUUAGUACAGGGAAUUCUGGGCAUGGCCCAGAGGCAGUCUUUCUUUUUAACAUUGGUUAUCCCAUCCAUCCAAAAGGGCAGGUCCCUUUUUUUCUUUCACUCCCCUUCCCCACCAAGAACUCAUCUAAACAUCUACCCUGCACUGUAUAAAUCCCCCUGCCCAUUCCCAGCCAUCUGCCACCACCUACCCCCUCCUAAAUCUCACCCUCAACUGGCUAUAUCCCUGCUAGGAUCAGCUGGUCACUAGUUUUUCUUCUUUUACUCCCCAUCCCCUUGACACUCGACUCCUGCCCCACUUUCAUAGCCCUGCUUGCUAAUCUUAUGCCUGAUUUCUGCCUAUGGAUCAAAGUCCAGGGAAAAGAACAGAAAUGGGGUAGAAAGAGGCACUGCCCAGUGCUGGUUUCUCCUCUAUUUGUCAGGGAGGCAUUCCAUGGAGCUGCAGUCCUACCCUCAGGGGUCUCGUGGUCUGAGACAUACACCAAUGUGGACAAACAUGUAAUAAGCACAGAGCUACACAAUAAAAAUGGCUCAGAUAUUACUCCAAAGAAUUGGUAAACUAUUUCCAGUCUGUAGAAUCAGAGUAGGACAGGGACAUGGGGAAGGCAUCACAAAUGAGGCUCGGGGAGAAGGGAUAGGAAUCAAGGUAAUUUCAUGAUCAAGUCCUCAGACUGAAGAGUCUGUUAUCUUGUUGCAAAGAGUGCACUUGAUCUGGGUCUGACCCUGUCUCCUCUACCUAACUAGCUGAGCAAAAUUGUAGGCAAAGUUCGCUAGCUUAUCUGAUCCUCAGUUUCUUCCUCUGUAAAAUGGAGACGUCUAUUGUGCAAGUUCAAGAAAGAAAAUGAUGUAUAACCUUAUAUUGCUGGAGUCUCAUUAUAAGAAGCCUUACAUGACAGCCAAAAGUUCCCCAAACCAAAUUCCCAUCUUAUCUGCAUCUCUUGAAGAAAGUAAAAAGGGCAAGCCAAUUCAUUACUCAGCUGUUCUCAAAAGUAUCCCUGCCAAGUUCUUUUACAAUCCACAGCUGCCUUGAGAAACCUCAUAGCUUUUCUCCCUUCCACUGUCACCACUCCUUCACAGCCAGCUCAUUGUUAUGGUCACUGCUUCCAAUUUUCCACUUAGGUCCUUCCAGCUCCCCUUCAUUUCUCAGGUUGACCUCUCCCCACCCAUUCUCCCGCUUCUGCCAAUGGGGAAAAGCCCAUUCUCCUUAGGGUCCGGAACAGGUGGCUAAUCAAUCAGCAGGAAGAGGAGUGUAAAACUCUUGUCUAUGGCAGGUGCUUCAAAAGUGCCACCUUUCCCUCCUGUUCCAUUUUCCCAUCUGCUCAAUACCAAAAGGUCUCAAAAGGAAGAGAAGGUUCUGGCCAUCCUUGGAGUUAUGCAAGGCAAGGCACUGAUUUCUUAUCAGUCCACUUUGUCCACAGUUUGAUUUCCUGUGAGCACCACCAGUUUUUCUGGAGCAAGAGAAGACUCCAAGAACUGUUUAAAUGAGAAGGAUAGGGUUGGGGGGGUCCGUAUUGAAAAUGAGGUCCAGUGUCGUUCAAUCAUUCAUUUGGCAGACAUUUCCUGAACAUAUGACAAUACCUCCAGCACAGAACCAGUUAUUAGGGUACAAAAAAGAUAUGACAGCCCUGACCAGUGUGGCUCAGGUGGUUUGGUGUCAUUCUGCAAAGUGAAAGGUCGCUGGUUUGAUCCCAGACACAUGCCUGGGUUGCAGGUUUGGUCCCUGGCUGGGGCACUUACAAGAAGCAACCAAUUGAUGUUUCUUAUAUUGAUAUAUCUCUCCCUCUCUUUCUCCCUCCCUUCCCUAUCUCUAAAAAUAAAUCUCAAAACAAAAAGA